UGUCGCUGGAGCCAUGCGACCUGAGAGGCCCUGAGCCCCUUGCCGCGUGAAGCUGACACCGCUCCUCAUUCCUCCUCCUCCUCAUCCUCCUGCCUCCCUCCUCCUCACUCGUCCAGCAGUGGAUACAGCAGCCGACACACCUCGCAGCGGCUGCUCGUCCGGCGACACCGGCGCAAGAAGCCGAUAGCGGGGACCCAGCCUCAGACGCAGGCGCAUCCUGCUACUACAGUGCAGUACAGUAGCUCAAAUCGAGAGCCACUCACCCCCGGGGGACGUCCACCUCGAGUCUACAGGGACGCCAGCCAGUCGUCCGCCAGCCCUCCCGCCGUAGCUGCCCGCCUUCUCGUCCGCUCCUCCAGCCCCCGCUCCAGCCCCCGUGCCCCGCGGCGCGGGACGCGGAGCCCUGCGUGCAGGAUGCUCAUAGAGAACCUGGAGUCGCUCAAGGCCUGGCUCACCAAGACACUCGACCCCAUUUGCGAUGCGGACCCGUCGGCCCUGGCGAAGUACGUGAUUGCGCUGGUGAAGAAGGACAAACCCGACAAGGAGCUCAAGGCGCUGUGCGUGGAUCAGCUCGAUGUCUUCCUGCAGAAAGAUACGGCCGGCUUCGUCGACAAGCUCUUCGAGGUCCUCAACAACAAGUCGUACCUCCCCACACACGCACCGGCCUCUAUAACGCCCACGGCUGGAGGGCCUGCCGAGGCCCCCAAGGGCGAGCCGGCCAAGCCCGAGUCCGGCUGGCAGGAGCGCCCCGAGCGUAAGGACGAGCACGCGCCACCUCCUUCUGCUGAGGAGGAUCGCGACAGCCGCAAGCCGGGGCGGAGGAAAAGUCACAGCCCCAAGCAGCUGAGCGCUGGGUCUAGGGAUAACAGGAACCGUGAUGACAAGCGGAGGGACGAGCGGCCCCGCCGACGCGAGUACGAGCGCUUCUCGUCCCGCGACGGACGCGACGGGCGCGACGGGAGGGAGGCGCGCGACGGGCGGGACGCGCGGGACGGGAGAGGGGCCGACGUGCGCGAGGGCAGGGACGGGCGAGGCGGGCGCGACUCGUACCGCGAUCGCUACGAGCGCGAGCGCAGGAGGGGACACAGCCGCAGCCGAAGCCGCAGCUGGGAGCGGUCGCGCGACGCUCACCCCCCGCGCAGUCAUAGCAAGGACCGCGAGCGUGACAAAAAGUUUGAAGGGGAGCGAGGCGACGUACCGGCGGAGGGGUACGUGCCCAGCACCGUCGUCCCCGGGGGGCCCGCUCCUUCCACGCAGUUCCCCCCGGCGGCCCCCGUGCCGGGUCUCCCUGCGACCAUCGCCACGGAGACGCGCCCUGGUUACCGUGGCAACAACCACAUCACCGGGCCCCCACCAACCUUUGGUAAAGGACCGCCCGGACCUCCCGUGGUGCCGAACAAGGCGCGCUGCCGGGACUACGACGAGAAGGGGUUCUGCAUGCGAGGGGACAUGUGUCCCUUUGACCACGGCGCCGACCCGCUGGUGGUGGAGGACGUGAAUCUGCCGGGGAUCAUCCCCUUUCCCCCGCCCCCCACGCCCUUGCUGGACCCCCCACCCCAGGGGGGGCCCCCUCCCAACCUGCCCCCACCACCCUCCCUCCUCGGACCCCCACCAUCGCUCCUGGGGCCUCCACCUCCUCUUCCUCCACGGCCAGGCUCGAUGCCCCCCGUUCUGCCACCCGUGUCUGGACCCCCGCCCCUACCGGGGUCCCGCAUCGACGGGCCUCCCCCGCCCGUGUCCAAACCGGUGCCCACCAUCCCCCCUCCUCCUCCACCCGGCAUCCACAUCCCACCGCCUCCACUGCUGCCCCAGGCAUCUCAGUACAACAUGGACCCCUAUGAACCGGACGGCUACAACCCCGAGUCUCCGAGCCUCACGGGCCCCGCUCGCUCCUCCUUCCGGCCGUUCCCCCCGAGACACCAGAACCUGCGGCCCAACCUCAUAGGCCUCACGUCCGGAGAGCCCCACAGCGGCCCCAGAGGAGGGCCGCCACCCCCGGGUGUGCGCGACGGGCCGGGCCCUGGCGCUGCGCGCAUCGUGGUGGAGCCGGACCCUCGCAAGCGGCCGGGCGGCCUCCUGGACGGGCCGCUCGUCAAGAAGCCCUGGUUCGAAAAUAACAGACCGCCGUACAACAGCCAGGGCAAGCCGCCGUUUGCUCGGAAGCAGUACGACAGCACGCGGCUGGAGAUCCGCAAGGUGCCCAAGGAGCUCAACAACAUCACCAAGCUCAACGACCAUUUCUGCAAGUUUGGGACCAUCGUCAAUAUCCAGGUGGCGUUUGGCGGCGACCCCGAGGGGGCGCUGGUGCAGUUCUCAAACCACGACCAGGCGCGCCGCGCCAUCUCCAGCACCGAGGCCGUGCUCAACAACCGCUUCAUCCGCGUCUACUGGCACCGCGACGCCAACGGCCAGAUGGGCCCCGGCGCCCCGCCACCGCAACUCCCGCCGAUGGGCGGCGGAAUCCCGACACAGGUUCCGAUGGGGCAGGCGUGUGGCUUUGUGCCGGGAAAGCCGUCGGUGAAGGAGCGGCUGGGCCCAGUGGCGGGCGGGGAGCCGCCGCCGCCGCAGCCGCAGCCCAGCGAGUCUCCCGACGGCAGCGCGCAGGCUGGAGCUAAGCCUCCCGUGCGGGAGCGGCUGGGAUUUCCCCCCGCGCGGAAUGAGCCGCCCCUCACAGCCGGGAAGGUCCUCUCCACCACGGUGGGACUCACCAAGACGGUGUACAACGUGGCCGUCCUGCGCGCCGCCCAGCGCUCCUCCUCCUCGCACUCGGCCCAGAAGGCGCUGGAGAACAAGGAGGCGAUGCGCAAGAAGCAGCAGGAGGCGAUAAAGAUGCAGCAGGACAUGAGGAAGAUGAAGCAAGAGAUCCUGGAGAAGCAGAUCGAGACACAGAAGAUGCUGAUCUCCAAGCUGGAGAAGAGCAAGGCCUCCAAGGGGGAGGAGGACACCGAGAUCAUGCGCACGCUCAAGGAACUGUCGCAGAACAUCUCGCGCCUGCAGGACGAGCUGAAGACCGCCGCCCCCGCCGGGGCCCCCGCGCCGGUCGCCACGCGCCGCCGCUCCAAGUCCGAGGCCCAGAAGGAGCUGCUCGACAUGGAGCUGGACCUGCACAACAAGAUGCAGGCGGGCGAGGACGUGUCCGACCUGCGCAAGAGGCUCUACACGCUGCAGUUUGAGGCCGCUCACUUGGGCAUCCUGGGAGCCGGAGGCCGCGGCGGGCGGGGGGGUCCAGGCUCCUCCGGGAGGGGGCGGGGGUCGCGGGGUCGGGGCGGCCGGGGUGGUUACCGGGGCUCACGGGGCGGCCGUCACCCGCUGAUGUCGCACACGGCGCUGGAUUACCGGCCGCGUGCGCUGCAGGUGUGCGGCCUCGCCGCCGAGGACAAGGACGACGUCCUGCUGCACUUCAAGAGUCUAGGGGAGGUGGAGGAUUUCCGCAGCGAAGAGGGGUCCUCGUCGGCCGUCGUCACCUUCAAGACGCGACUGGAGGCUGAGCACGCCGCGACACAGGGCGCGCGCUUUAAAGGCCGAGACCUCGUGCUCUCCUGGCACAAGCCAAAGAUGGCGUCCACGUCGGCGGAACCCGAGGACGAGGACGUGGAGGAGGAGGAGGAGGGUGAGGCCACCGACGACACGCUGCUGCAGGACGAUGACGAGGAGGAGGAAGAGGACGAGUCGCGCUCCUGGAGGCGAUAGCGACCUCGUCACGACCUCGUCACGACCUCGUCACCACGGCCCGCCCCCUCUGGCUGGGGACCCCCACCCCGCCGACGGCCGUCUGCCUGCGUUCAAUUUGACCCGUGGCUUGGAAGCGAUCGGGAUUGUCAGGCGGCCGCGUUGUUGUUUUGAUAUUGCUAUAUUUACGGUAAUUUGGCAGCGAGCAGAGCGGAGGGAUGUUCGCUCGGGUUAGAUAAGAUGUUACGAGCUGUACACAGAUCUCUAAAAUUGGAUUUAAACAACUUGUAAUAUAACUCUUAGUUUGUAAAAAAUAUGAAUCUUGCGCGCUGUGUUAUAGUCACGGUAUGCAUUUGGACAGGUCAUAGUUUUUAUGCUUAGUAUUUUAUGACUAGGACAUGGUGGCGUAUAUUUUUUUGUGUCGUUUUGAUUGUCUCAAUUGCUUUACACGCGGGACGGAUGCGGCGCCACGAGGGGGGGGGGGUGGCGGCAGCGGCAGCUCCAGCAGCGCCGUCACGCGACACGGCCGAAAUGCCCGCGCUCACAACCCCCCCCCUGCCCCCCGUGCCCCCGUAUCCGGGUGGCUGCCCUCCCCGUGUACUGCGCGCUCGCUGUGGACGGCCGGUGAAGUCGACCGGCUCGAGCCGAAACUUGCGUCGGAUUCCACCCCCCCCACCCACCCCCGGCCCACCUUCCCCUUCGCUCGCCGCCCUGCGUCCGCACGGUGGCGGCGGCAUCGUUGUGAAUUUUUACUCUCGUUGAUUUUGUUUUUGGCAUUGAAAGGAAAUAAAAUGUGGAAUGGU